AUGACGCUCAAAUAUCUUAUCACGGGCGCGACGGGUGGGUUUGGCAGCCAAGUUCUAGACUUUUUCAUUGCCAAUGUCCCCUUGGGUGAGUUUGCCGUCUCGUCUUCCCAGAUCAGCAACCGGUCCAUGUUUGAGAGUCGUGGAAUUCAAUUCCGUCAUUUGGACUACGAGGAUCCAGCCACUCUGGAGGUGGGUCUCCACGAAGUGCAGAAUCUGCUCUUCGUCAGCACGAAUACGAAUGUGAUACAUAUCGAUCGAAUUCUCAGACAUCACCAAAAUGUCGUGGCGGCGGCUGCCAAGGCUCUUGUUGGACAUGUAUGGUACACAUCCUUGCCCUUUGGCGGCUUUGAGGAUGACUCAGUUGUUGCGGUCCAACAGCAUCAUAUAGCUACAGAAAAGAUGCUCAGGACAUCCGGUCUGACUUACACCUUCAUUCGUGAGGGUAUUUACACCGAGGCAUUCCCACUAUUUCUCAACUGGUAUGCCGAUACAGCCCACAUCAUCCUUCCGUACGAUGGCGAGAUAGCCUUUACUAGUCGAGAUGACCUUGCCGAGGGUACUGCACGCCUGAUGCUGGGCGGUGGGUACGAGCAUAAAACCGUACUUUUCACUGCGGGCGAGACAAUUACUGCAAGGGAGAUAGUGGAUACAAUUAAUCAAACCACCGGUCGUCAGCUGAACGUCCAAUAUGUAUCUAAGGAGGAGUUUCUCGCACAUCAUACCCAGCAUGACAAAGGAAGGAAGUCAGUGGUGCUUUUCGAGAUACUUGCCUCGUGGUGGAUGGCGGCUGCAAGGGGGGAACUGAAGACCGUGGACCCGUUGUUGGGCGAAAUACUGGGAAGGGAGCCCUUGACGCCGCAUCAUGCCGUGCAAAAGCUUUUGCAGAAUGGUGGAGAUCAUACCUGGCACCAAAAUUAUGCAUGA